UUUUUGUACUUACACUUAACAUUUUCUCGAUCCGAAGCUUUAAAAUAAUAAACAAUUGCAGGCGAAAGAGGAAUAGAGGGCCCUAUUCAUCCAGAGUUACCAUACACAAGCACAAUAAUGGUCAAUGGCGAAAGAGUCCAACCACUCCCAGCAUGCCCAUAAUUAUGCCCAAUUAUUUUUAUUUUACCCUUAUAAUUUUUCUUUUCAAUUUCCAUUCGAGGGGGUCCAUGCCGACAAGGGCGAUAACCUACAAUUUUAUCUCCAAGAUUGGAAUUGUUUAAUUUUGGAGGAAUUAAAUAUCUUGUCUCCAUCACAGGUGACUAAGAAAUUAUUUUAA